UAGUGUAAAUUUCAGACUUACUCUUACACAACCGGGUCUUUUCUUCAUUCUGCCUGCUUCACUCACCGGUGUGUGCCGUGGCUCCACGUUUCUCUUUUUUAAUUUCUCCUCCCGACAACUCGUUGGAAAUGAGUGGGGAUCAUUACCACAACGAGGACCAGAUUGACUGUGGCUCUCGAGUCAAUGACUCUCACAAGCAUAAAGACAAGUACAAAGAGAAGGAACACAAACAUAAGGACCACAAGAAGGAUAAGGAACGGGAGAAGGCAAAGCAUGGCAACGGCGACUACAAGGACCCCUCUGACAAGAAACACAGAGACAAGGAAAAGAUGAAGCACAAAGAUGGCAGCACAGACAAAUACAAGGACAAGCACAAGGAGAAGAGGAAGGAGGAUAAGAUGAAAUCCCUUGAUGGUAAAAUCAAAAAAGAAAAAGAGAAUGGCUUUGCCAGCCCUCCUCCACAUGUGAAGUCUGAGCCCGAAGAUAACUUUUACCACUCUCCUAAGUCCCUAAAAAGAGAACGGGAUGAUGAUAACGACUCUGAAUUCAAGCCCAAGAAAAUAAAGACCGAAAAUGACAAGAAGGCCAAGAAAAGGAAACCAGUUGAGGACAUCAAGUCAAAAAAGAUAAAAAACAAAAAAGGAGAAGUGGCCGAUGGGAAAAAGAAAGCAAAGAAAGAGCCAGAGGAGAAGUGGAAAUGGUGGGAAGAGGAGAGAUACACAGACGGUUCCAAGUGGAAGUUUCUGGAACACAAAGGGCCGGUCUUUGCUCCCCCAUAUGAACCUCUUCCUAGCCAUGUCAAAUUUCACUAUGAUGGUAAAGUCAUGAAGCUCAGUCCAGAAGCAGAAGAGGUGGCCACAUUCUUUGCAAAAAUGCUCGACCAUGAAUACACAACGAAGGAUAUUUUCCGCAAAAACUUCUUCAAAGAUUGGAGGAAGGAAAUGAACUCGGAGGAAAAGAGUAAGAUCACAGACCUGAAAAAGUGCGACUUCGGUGAGAUGAGCGAAUACUUCAAGGCACAGUCUGAAGCCAGAAAGGCCAAGACGAAGGACGAGAAACUGCAAACAAAGUUGGAGAACGAACGCCUCCUUCAGGAGUACGGCUUCUGCAUCAUGGACAACCACAGAGAACGUAUUGCUAACUUUCGCAUUGAGCCCCCGGGCCUGUUCCGUGGUCGUGGAGAUCAUCCAAAGAUGGGCAUGCUCAAACGCCGCAUCAGGCCUCAAGACAUCAUUGUCAAUUGCAGCAGGGACUCCAAGCACCCUGAGCCUCCCUCGGGCAAAAAGUGGAAAGAGGUUCGUCAUGACAACAAGGUGACAUGGCUGGUGUCGUGGACGGAAAACAUUCAAGGCUCGAUCAAGUACAUCAUGCUCAACCCCAGCUCUAGGAUCAAGGGAGAGAAGGAUUGGCAGAAGUAUGAAACAGCCCGUGGGCUGAAGAAAAUCGUGGACCGCAUCAGGAACCAGUACCGUGAAGACUGGAAGUCCAAGGAGAUGAGGAUCCGACAAAGGGCUGUGGCUCUCUACUUCAUCGACAAGCUGGCCCUGAGAGCAGGAAAUGAGAAGGAGGAAGGAGAGACCGCCGACACUGUGGGCUGCUGUUCCCUGAGAGUUGAACACAUCAAACUCUACCCAGAUAAUGAUGGUCAGGAGUUUGUGGUGGAGUUUGACUUCCUGGGUAAAGACUCCAUCCGCUACUACAACAAAGUCCCUGUGGAGAAAAGGGUAUUUAAGAACCUUCAGUUGUUUAUGGAGAACAAGGAGCCUGAUGAUGACGUGUUUGAUCGCCUGAACACUUCUAUUCUGAACAAGCACCUUCAGGAGCUGAUGGAUGGUCUGACUGCCAAAGUUUUCCGUACCUUCAACGCUUCAAUCACCCUGCAGCAGCAGUUGAAGCAGCUCACAAGUGCGGAUGAGAACGUUCCAGCCAAGAUCCUGUCCUACAACAGGGCCAACAGGGCUGUGGCCAUUCUGUGUAACCAUCAAAGAGCUGCACCGAAGACCUUUGAGAAGUCCAUGCAGAACCUGCAGACUAAGAUUGAUGCUAAAAGGGACCAGCUUGCUGACGCCAGGAGAGACCUGAAAAGUUCCAAGGCUGAUGCCAAAGUACGGAGAGACGAAAAAUCCAAAAAGUCUGUGGAGUCAAAGAAGAAGGCGGUUGAGAGGAUAGAAGAGCAGCUGAUGAAGCUGGAGGUGCAGGCGACAGAUCGUGAAGAGAACAAGCAGAUCGCCCUCGGCACAUCCAAGCUCAACUAUCUGGACCCUCGCAUCUCUGUGGCUUGGUGUAAGAAAUGGAACAUUCCCAUUGAGAAAAUCUACAACAAAACCCAGCGGGAGAAGUUUGCCUGGGCCAUCGACAUGGCAGAAGAUGACUUUGAAUUUUAAAUCCCAGAUUGUGGUUUUAACUGAAACACUUUUUAUUUUGUUUUUAAUCGGAUACUUUUUUUUUUUUUUUUAGCUUAACUGAAUUUUGCUCACUGGCCAGACCUGGCAAAGCAUUUCAGAAAGUCUGAGCAGAAAAAACAACAGCGACAUGAUAAGACGAAAAGAUGAGGCCAUAAUGAAAUCGGCAGGAGGGUGUUGUGGGUACUCUAAACAUCUGAUCUGAGAUCAGGCUACAAGGCUGAACUAUAACCACAGCUGAGCAAAGGCACAGGCAUAGUCUCAGUAAUCUGAAGACCCUUUUACCUUUGUCAAUGCUUGAACUUUGAACGGUGUGGUCCUAUAGCUACUGUAUUAAGCAAAAAGAAAAAAUGCUUUUUAUUAUUAGUUUCUUUGUUCAUUUGCUCUGUAUUUUAGCCCUUCCAUGUAUUAUUAAUGAAUUCUAUAUUUUGAUAGACAAAGUUAAAUCAAAUGAAUUCCUUAAAUACACCCCACGCGCCUUCGAGGAGAUGUGAGAUUGCCUUUUGAGGUGUGUGCGUGCAUGUGUGUAUGAGGGACUCGACCAUGGAAGCUGUCUGUUUCGGUGAAUAUUUUAAACUGGACUAUGUUGAAUUGUUCAGCAUGAAAGAGGAUGUAUGGGCAGGCGAAGGGGGAAUACUGCAACCAUGUCAAUAUUUACUUAAGCAAACAGAAUGUGAAUAUUUUGUUUUACAUCCUCUAUCAGGGACUUCUUUUUCAGUGUAAAUGUGAACCAAUCAUUUGUAUUCCUUUGAGUUGCAAGCAUCCUCUGAAUCUCUGCCUAGCCCUGUCUACAUCUGGUUUUAACUUAAUUUAACAAUUGUUCCAAGGAAAAAAAACAUGCAUUUGUUACUUGAAGAUGUAUUUAAAGUUGGUAAAUCAAGUGUUUUUCUUCAGGAAGGGUAAGUGAGGGACAAACUUUGCCAAAAAAAAAAUUCUCCAUCUGUUACAAUUUUAGACAUCUUUUUUAAUUAUGUAAAGGUCGAGGAUAAGAUAAUGUAACAUUUAAUGUGAAUUAUCAGUUCAUUUUAUUCCACUCUGCUCCACUUAUGAUAGGAAAGUUGAUGUAAGUAGCUGUAAAGUCAACAGCCUUUUCCUGUUAUACUUUUAUCGUCAUAGCCUUUGAUCAUGUUUGAGUUUUAUUCUCAUUGUAGGUUUAAAAAUGAAUAAAAUCCUACAGGUAAA